AUGGGAGGCAUUGUAGCAUCGAAACCGACUAUUAAUCUCUCAGAGGAACCUCUCACUACACUAGUGGAUCCAACCUUCCCGAAAUUGUUGUUUGAUCACUUUGAUAAGGUUACUGAUUUUUUCAAUGAUAAGAUUGCUGAAGUUGAAUGUUUUGAAAAAGUAGUGGAGAAUUACUCUCAUUACUAUCACAAUAUUUAUGAUAUUCAUUCUUUUAAAAAAAAGUUGCAAAAAACCGAAAAUGUUCCAUCACAUUUGGAUAUUUGCCGUAAGGUUGCUCAAGGAUUCGAAGAUUGUGGAAAGGAUUAUUAUAAAAUUUAUGAAGAUUUGGAUUCCAUUUUGACAAAAAUUAGGUUGUUGAAAAUAACAUUAAAGGAAUAUGUAAAUAGUGCAAAAGUUGAGGAAACAAAUUUGAAUUAUGAACUGGAAAAUGCUAACAAGGAUGUUGAAAAUUCAAAAUUAAAAGAAACCAAAUUAACAUUAUCAGUAAUUGAGGCCCAAUCUGAGAACGACCAACCUAAGGUUGACCGACUUCAAAUUCAAUUGAAACAAGCAAAUUCUGACACUGAAAGUUUUGAAAAAACUUUUGAAACUAUCAACAAUCAAAGAAAGAGGAAACUAACCAACAUUCUGACUCAUCUUGAAAUAAUGGAAAAGAAGAGGUUUAUAGAGCUCAAAGAACUAGCUUCGAAUUUCUCAAAAGUACAAUUCGAUGUUCUUGAAUUUGAAUCCCAUACAACUGAAACAUGUGAAAAAGGAAUUGAUGAUAUUUCAGAAGAAUCAGAAAUUAAAUAUUUCAUUGCAAAAUGUACAAAGGGAGAUAUUAAUCAAAUCAAAGAUGAUGUUCCAACUCCAAAAAUUCAAAUUGCACAGAUAGCCUAUUUUAACAAAAUUCUUUCUGACCCAGAGGAUCCAGACAAGGUUGAUUUGGGUGUUUGGCUGAAAAACUCUAGUGACAAAGUUAAAGAGGAAAUUGAAUCAAGCAAACCCUUUACUGACUCUGAAUUUCCACCAAAUCACAAUUCCGUCGUGGGUUUACAAACAAUUACGAAGAGAUUAGAUUUAACCUGGAAGAGAGCUACUGAUGUCUACAAGCAACUAAAAUUUGGAGAGUUUUCACCAGACAAUAUAGCUCCAAGGAAAGGUGACUCAUGGUUACUUUCAUAUCUGUACUGUAUUGCCCAAAAACCAGAAUUGGUUUCAAAAUUAUUUUCAGUCAACGAACUUAACACUGCAGGAAUUUAUGAGGUAAAUUUAUGUGUUGGUGGAGAGUUUACUAAGGUAAUUAUCGAUGACCACUUCCCUUUCGAUAAAGAUAAUGUUCCACACUUUGGUGCAAGCAAGAAGGAAGAGCUUUGGGUACCUCUAGUAGUGAAAGCUUUUGCAAAGGCAGUUGGAUGUUUUUUGAAAUUGGAGGCAAACUUUUAUUAUCUUGGAUUUCAAGUACUCACCGGUUAUCCAAAUUAUGACAUUAUAUUCAAUGAUACAAACUCAAAGAAACCUUCCUUCCUUGAUGCCUGUUGGACAGCAGUUAACCAAGCACCAAAGAAGGGUUAUUUGAUUAAUUGUUUCUCAAGAUUUGAUGUUGAUAAGGGAUUAGAUCCAUCAGCUUCUUAUAUAGUUCUUGACAGUUAUUCAAAAGACGAUGUUAAAUUACUUCAACUUGCAAACCCAUGGAAAUCAACUCAAUGGAAUGGGGAUUGGAAUGAUUCAGAUCCAAUGUGGACAGAAGAGAUGAAGUCUUUAAUACAAUCCUUCAUUGAAAAGAAAAACACUUUCAGUUCGAGUUCAGCAAUUAGAAAAUAA